AUGAAGACGGGACUCUUAGAAUUUCAAAUAAGAGAUCAUGCGUCCCUAAAGAUCUCACCAACAAAAGGGGUUAUUCGAUUUGGAAAGCAAGGAAAGUUAAACCCACGUUACAUCGAUCCAUUCGAGAUACUCGAAAGGAUUAGCCCUGUGACAUAUCGCCUUGAGCUUCCACCCGAACUGUCCAAUGUCCACAAUGUGUUUCACGUUUCGAUGCUUCGUCAAUACCUUCAAGAUCCAGGGCAUGUUGUCGAUUAUGAGAACUUGGAGGUUCAAGAAGACCUCUCUUAUGAAGAACAGCUUGUGCAGAUUCUCGAUCAUCGUGAUCAAGUCCUUCAAAAUAAGACUAUACCUCUUGUAAAAGUCUUAUGGAGAAACCAUCGUAUCGAAGAAGCAACAUGGGAAAAUGAAAGUCAAAUGCGAGCCAAAUACCCACACCUCUUCGAAAACCAAGGUACAUCAAGUUUAGGGACAAACUUGUUUUAG